ACUAUAAGAUGAUAAGAUAUAUUUGGUUACUGGUACUAGUAGUUCAGACUUAUGGACAAGUAACAGUCAAGCUAUUAGAUACAGCACUGUUAGUGGAUGAAGGACAGCAGUUCCAAAUACGUAUACAGAAAACAGGACUUAUCACCUCUGUCCUCAAUACAGUAGUGGCAGUAAAAAGUCCACUAGAUACAGGAAGUGAUUUUGUUGGUAGUAGUCAGGUUGGAUCUUUUUAUCCAGGAGGCCCUGAUGUUGUAGCUGUGACCUUCACUGUCACUGAUGACUCAUUUCCUGAGGUCGAAGAGACCUUCACCUUUGAACUGUCAGCUAUAAGUAGUGGUGUAACUGUGGAUACACCAUACAUUGCAGCUAUAACAAUUUCAGCUAAUGAUGAUGCUUAUGGAGUAUUUAGCUUUCUUGAUAGUUCUCAUACAUUGGUAACAGAAGCAGACAUCAUAACACCAGUCAAAUUACGUGUUGGCAGAGAUCGAGGAGCAAAUGGUCAAGUUACAGUUACUUUUGUGGUAAACAGUACCCAAGCAGACGCCAUCCCAGGAGAAGACAUUACACCCAAAUCUGGAAUUGUUGUGUUCCAAGCGGGUGAAGCUCAGACUUACUUAUAUAUUCAAAUUAAAGAUGAUAAUAUACCCGAAAACAAUGAAGAGUUUAUAAUAACCUUAACUGGAGCUACACAGGGUGCGAGGGUACUAGACACAGAAAUGGUACUGAUUAUACAGGCUAAUGAUGCUCCAAUCAGAUUCCAACAGGCUGAAUACAGAUUUGAUGAAGGACCAGGCACUAAAAAUAUACAGAUUCCAGUAUUACGAGGUUUAGAAAGUGAUGGACAGAGUAGAAUUGGAUCUGUCAAUGGUUUAGCCACAGUGGAUUUUGUAAUAUUGACAGAUACUGCCUCAGAUGGAUUAGACUUUACAGGACCUAGUAAUCGACAGCUUGUCUUCAGUCCUGGUAGUACACAAGCUUUUAUUCAGAUACAAAUACUAGAUGACAGCAAUCCAGAAGUUGAAGAAAGUUUUCAGAUUUUAUUGUCCAAUGCAAUAGGUGAUGUCAUUUCAGGAACUCCAAUCAAAACAACCAUAUUUAUUAAUGGAAAUGAUAAUCCUAAUGGUGUGAUAAGUUUCAGCCCAGGAAGUGAUGGUGUUUCAUCGCCGCUUAUCCAAUUAAAUGAAGAUGGUAAAAAUUCAGAUUAUUUUACAGUUUUACGAACUGCAGGUACAUUUGGUACUGUGACAGUUCAAUGGGAGAUACAAAGAAACGACACCCUUUCUGGAGGGGUGAGUGGAGAUAUAUUGAGUACACAGGGAAGUGUUGUAUUCCAAGCAGGACAGUCUCAGGCUAAAAUUAAUGUUACCGUAAUUCAAGAUUCUGUUGCCGAGCCACCUGAACGUUUUGUAAUCAAGUUGUUACCUGGAAGUGUAAAUGAUGGAGCUAAAGUUGAUGGAGUUAUCAAUGGAUUAAUACUAAUAGAGGAUAGUGAUAAUUAUCAUGGAACUGUAGAGUUUGGAGAUGAUACUCAACAGCAAAUCAUUGUGGUAUCCAAUCCAAGACAUGUACAAUUAACAAUUAUUAGAACAGGGUUUAACCAAGGAACAGUAAACAUCAACCUGACAGUAGUUUAUACGGGACCAGGAGAUACAGAAGAUGUUAUAGAGAAAUCAGAGUGGCAGACGAUAUUUACAACAGGAAUCGGUAGCCAGAUUUUUAAAGUUCCAAUUAACAGUUCAGCAUUCUUACAUGUUGGUGGAAAGUUUACUGCAACCUUAACUGGUGUUGAUCUUAAUUAUGAUCCACCACUAGGAGCCUUUAACACCCCAAAGUUAGGUAGUAAAACAACAGUAGAGAUACCAGUCACUAUACAACAAGCCAAUGGGGAGAUUGGAUUUCAGAACACUUAUACUGUUACUGUUAGUGAACCAGAAACCAGUCCAUACUCUGUUAAUCUUAAACUGAGCAGAGAAGGUACAAGUGGUCAGGCAGUUAUUAGCUGGUCGUUAGCCGGUUCUGGUACCAAUGCUGCCUCAGUAACCCAGGAAGAUACUGGACCCACUUCUGGUACUGCUGUUAUGGAAGCAGACAAAUCAGAGGCAGACUUUACCAUUCUGAUUAACCCAGAUGAUUUACCUGAGCUUAAUGAAGAAUUGACAGUGACCUUGACUUAUGUCAGUCCAUCUGAUACACAACGUUUAAAGCAUGGCGCAACACAGGUCAAGGUUAUCAUUCUUGAAAAUGACAACCCAGGAGGAACUUUUCAGUUUUCAUCCGAUAUGCAAGAUUCAUAUCAAGUUCAAGAAGGCAGUUCUCCUAUAGAUAUAGUUGUUGACAGACAUGGUGGUUCUUUAGUCACUAGACAUGUACAGUACACAGUUGUUCCCAAUGGAGCUGCUGAAUUCUAUGGAUAUACCAAUGUACUCAAGUUUGAACCUGGUAUCAUGAAGAUGUCUGCUGCACUUUUACCUAUACUUGAUGGGAUUCCAGAGAAAGAGGAAAGAUUUACCUUGACCUUGAAUAGCUAUGGUAACAGUACAUCAGAGAUAGGGUCAAGGUCACAGAUAACUAUAGAUAUCCUUGAGAAUGAUAACCCCUAUGGGCUGAUCCAAUUUGAAGAUGAUCCUCCAGUUGUCUAUAUGGAUGAGAGUACCCUCAGUGGAACUGUUACAAAUUUGAUAUCAGUACAGAGAACACAGGGAACAUUUGGCAGUGUUACAGUAUCAUGGGAUAUUAUACCUAGUAACCAACAAGAUUUGACUCCUAUAUCAGGAUCAAUUACAUUUGGAGAAAGUCAAGGUCAAGGAACAAUACAGAUCACUACAGUUCCUGAUGAUAUACCAGAAUCUGCAGAUAAUUUCACCAUACAGUUGAAAAAUCCAACAGGAGGUGCAGAGCUUGGUUCAAGACAGACUUUCACUAUCAUAAUUAACAAGAAUGAUUUCCCUGUUUACUUCCAAGAGUCGAUCUACUAUGUAGCAGAGGGUUCUGUGUUGACAGUCACAAUACAUAGAGAAGGAGAUGCAAGUAAACAGGAAACAGUCAAGUACAGAACUCUAGAUGGCACUGCAUUGGUUGGUGACUACAACAAACUAACUAAUCAGGAUGCUGUAUUUGCUGUGGGAAAGACUGAUGUAUCAUUCCAGGUGGUCAUCAAUGAAGAUACUUUACCAGAAGGAAAUGAGACAUUUUUUAUAGAAAUAUUCCAAAUAAUGGGAGAUUUAGUGACAACCAGAGGAUCAAACUGUAGUAUAGUUAUUCUUGCAAAUGAUAAUGCCUAUGGAAUAUUUAAAUUUCUACCUCCUUUCUCAGUUAGAGUGGAAGAAGGAAGUCAUCUGGAACUAACAAUAUUGAGAGAUGGUGGUGUAUAUGGAGAAGUAGAAGUAUCAUGGGAGAUAAUUGAUGUACUGACCAAUAAAAUGCCACCAGAUGGCAGUCAGUUUGACAAAUCCAAUGGAACUGUGCUAUUUACUGAAGGAUUACAUAGACAGACCUUUACAAUAUUCCCAAGAUCUGAUCUGGCACCUGAGAAAGAAAGGGUAUACACAGUGAGACUUCAUGAUAUUGACGUUGUUGUUGGCAGAACAGAUGUAGAGCUAGCCUCAUUGGCUGAUACAGACUUAGAAGUGACCUUGACCAUUGAAGAGAGUGAUGAUCCCUAUGGCAGAUUUGCCUUUGCCUAUAAUUCUACAGACGUGACCAUAGCAGAAGAUUAUUAUCCUCAAGAACAGAGUAAAACUGAGGCAAAACUUGUGGUAGAGAGAAGAAUGGGUGGUUUUGGAAAUGUUCAGGUUGCAUGGGAGAUCUAUACAGAUCAGGUUGGAGUGACUAUGCCAUCUGUCUAUGAUUUACUUCUCAUUGCUGAACCAUCUACAGUUGUAGAGAAAAAUCCAGUGAAACGUAGACCAUACACAGGCACAGAUGUAAUGUACUUCACUGGAGCUCUCAAUAAUUAUCUGACAGUAUCCAGUGACCGUCAGCCACCACCAGAAGACCUAAAGAAUGGCUACACAAUCAGUGCAUGGAUACAACCUUUUGCUGACCUUAACAGUUAUGUGGUUGCCAAGACCACAGAUGAUGGAUCAAGGUUUUUCUAUACACUGAAGGUCACCACAGGAACAAGUGGUGCCAUUUUCUUGUUUGGUUAUUCUGUAUCAGGAAGUAGUAACAACCAGCAGAUAUCAUUUACAACAAACAAUAACAUUAAAGAUAGCAACUGGCAUCAUAUCUUAUUAACAGUAGAUAGUAGUUCUAUAUCAUUUUACUUGGAUGGAGGAGUCCUUGGUACUAAACUUUUAAAUUCCCAGCCCAUGAUAGAUUUGACAGGGAAGUUGCAUAUCGGAGCCAUUGCACCUGGAAAUGAGCGGUUUAUAGGCUAUUUGCAGGAUGUUCGAAUAUAUACCAGAAAACUAACUCCCAUAGAAAUUCAUGAAGUGUACACCCUCCCAUCAAAAACAGACUUGUCCCCAGUAUCUGGAUAUCUUUCCUACCAUGAAGCACUCAGAGAGCAGAAGAUUGUUGUCACGGCAACUCAGGAUUUGGAAGAAGAAAACAAUGAAAUGUUCACAGUUAUGUUACUAACAGCUAAUAAGGGUGGAACUUUGUCAAAGACUGAUAGCAUUUCUAGGAUUACAAUUCUGAAGAGUGACAAUGCUAAUGGUGUGUUCAGUAUUCGUACCUGUAGCCCCAGUCAGGCACUAAUAGAAUCCACUACUGUAUCCUGUACUGUGGAUAGACAAAGGGGAGAUGAUGGUAAUGUUAAUGUGACAUGGGGUGUGUUCCAGUCUCUAGGGGCAGGGGAAGUUGAGGCUGCUGAUGAUUUUUUGGCAAGUAGAGGAAUGAUGGUAUUUAGUGCUGGAGAAAGACUUAAGACUUUCACUGUGACUGUCAAAGAUGAUGAUAUCCCUGAAGUUGAUGAGAUAUUUCACAUCAGACUGUUGACUGUUGCCAGCACUGAUGGUACACAGGGUCCUACUAACACUAGUGGAGCCAGUAUAGACCUGUCAAAAUCUAGUUCUGUCUUUACCAUUCUAAAGAAUGACCAUUCUAAUGGAGUAUUACAGUUCAGUAACAGGACACGACCCCCUACUCCUGAUGAAGGAAUUCUACCUGUAGCUACAGAAGAACCAACUAUAAAAGUAUAUGAAGAGGCAGGAACAAUUGCACUAAUGGUUGUAAGAGCACAAGGCACUGCUGGUUUUGUUACAGUGGAGUGGAGGACAACUGAUGGAACAGCUAAAAGUUCAGGAGUUUCAACUCCAGAUUAUCAGGCUGGUGUUGGGAAGCUAGAAUUUAAUGAUGGGCAGGUGUACCACUUCAUCAAUAUAAACAUUAUGGACAAUGCUGAUCCUGAGGAUGAUAAAACAUUUUACGUUCAGUUACUUAAUCCAACAGGAGGAGCCACUUUAGAUGUAGCAUCCACUGUUACUGUGGUGAUAAGUGCAUCAGAUGGGGCUUUUGGGAAAUUUCAGUUUAGUGAUUCAUCCCUCAGUGUAGAAACAAGUGAACCUGGAGAAUCUGGCUAUACAUCAGUCUUCUUAAGGGUUGAUAGACUGCAGGGCAUUAUAGGGACAUCAGCGGUCACCUGGGAGGUGCUCGGAAACCAAGACAAUGAUAUUGUAGAUCUAAAUGGUAUAAUAGUGUUCAACCAUGGAGACAAAAGUCAUAACUUAGAAGUCAAGGUCAGAGCAGACACUGUUCCAGAACUAGAUGAAACAUACCAAGUUAAAUUAACAUCAGUUGAACCGGGAGAACUUGGUGCUGCAGAUAAAUUAGUAUCCAGUGUGACCAUUCUGGCCAAUGAUGAUCCAUAUGGAGAGUUUGUAUUUCCUAGUGAACUAAGACCAUUACAGGUUGAAGAAAAUUAUAAAAAUAUAACUCUGACCAUAAGCAGACUUAAAGGAACAUUUGGUACAGUUGAUAUUUAUUAUAGAACUCUAGGCCCAGCAGAGCUUCAUCCACAGGUUCCAGUUACAGUAAACAGGGCUGGAGUCAAUGAUUACAGGGCAGCAGAAGGCAUGGUCAGAUUUGGACCUACAGAGAAACGGAAGACUAUAAUUGUUACAGUAAUGGAUGAUAGUGAUCCAGAAAAUGAUGAGUCUUUCUAUGUUAUCCUGAUAAAUGCAACACUACACACUCCUGCUCAAAUUAGAACAGUGUCUAACUCUCCAAGACUAGGACUUCUAUCUGAAUUCAUAGCUCAGAUUAUGAUAACUAGUAAUGAUAUUGCUAAUGGUGCCCUAGAGUUGUCUCCCACUUCUGUCAAAAUUUUGGAAAGUGCACCAAAUGUUGGAGUCAAAUUAUUAAGAAGAGGAGGAACAUUUGGUCAGGUCAGUGUAAAGUUUCGAGUAGUGAAUGGAACAGCUGUUGAACAUGCUGAUUUUGAAACUCUUUCUGACAUGGCUGUUAUACCAGAUGGCGCCAGUAGUGUUGAUCUACCAAUCAGAAUAAUUGACGACAAUCUACCUGAACUUGAGGAAACGUUCUACGUUGAAUUACUGAAUCAAAUAACUGGAGGUGGAGUGUUGGGUGCUGAACAGUACCGAUCGGCUGUUAUAAAUAUCCUGGCAUCAGAUGAUCCUGAAGGAGCAUUUGAAUUUGAGAUCAAUGGACUAUCAGUAGAAGAACCAGAGAAUGGGCAGCCAGUGACUAUAAAUAUUACUAUAGUUAGGACUGGAGGGUCUUUAGGGGUAGUCACUAUCACCUGGGCUGCAUUAUUGAAUGGUGGCAGUGCAGCAAGUGAUAUUAGUCCUAUAUCUGGAUCAGUGUACUUUGUCAGUAAUGAACUAAGACGUUCAAUUGCAAUACAGAUAUUACCAGACGACAUCCCAGAAGGUCAGGAGGAUAUUACAUUUACCUUGCUAACAGCUUCCAAUAGUGGAACCAUAGGUCUGCGUAAGGAGUUCACCCUAUCCAUUCUUCCUAAUGACAAUCCACAUGGUACUGUACAAUUUUCACAGAACAUGUUCACUGUACAAGAAGCUCAGGGUGAUAGUAUACAGCUGGUGUCACUCACUAGAUCAGGAGGAUUGUUUGGACAACUUAGAGUUUCCUACAGCACCAAACAGACUGACAUUGUUACUGAAGCUACAAAAGAUGGCAGCAGUGUUCUUAGUUAUUACAAUCAACCACUAGUUGGCAGCAGAGGGUUAACAGGAUUUUUGGUUGACAUCACAUCAGAAACCAACCCAGCAGAUGCAUGUGGAAAAGCCUGUUUGAGGAUAUUGGCUUGUGUAGCCUUUGAAGUGUCUAUCUCUUUGAAGACAUGUGCCUGGUAUUCUACUAGUCUGUCCACACCAUUAUCUAAUACUGCUGAUUAUCAAUAUUAUAUUAGACUUACCUCUAAGAUGAACAAUUUAUAUUCAAGAAGAGCUGCAGAAGGAAUUGAUUUUGCAAUUGUAAACAAUGGUGUUGCUUUCAUUGCUGAAGGCACAAACACAGGAAAUGUUCCAGUUACCAUCAAGGGAGAUAAUCUACCUGAAAUAGAUGAGAAAUUUCUAAUCCAGCUUAAUUCUGUUGAGGUAGUAUCUGGUGUUACAUCCACAAAACAUCCACCUAAAUUGGGUAGUAUUACCGCAGCAACAGUUGUCAUAGAGCAGAAUGACAAUGCUUAUGGUGAAUUUAAUCUGAUAAGUGAUAAUCCUACAGCCAUAGAGGGAGGACAUCAGAUAGCAGUGGAAGAAAGGCACAAGUUUGCCGUAGAUCUAGUUGUGGAGAGGAAAGGAGGUAAUUUAGAUGAUGUUAGUAUAGACUGGUACAUAGAUAUAGGAGCGAGUACUGCUACAUAUGGUGUAGAUUAUACAGGGGACGGUGCUACGCUACAGUUUACUUCUGGUGUGGCAAGUAAAUUAAUCACAGUAACCAUCUUGGAUGAUACUGUACCAGAACAAAAUAAAACUGUUAUAGUUAAACUUAGAAAUCCACAAGGUGGUGCAGAACUUUCCCAAGAUGCAAUGGUAACCAUUGUGAUAUUAGAAAAUGACAAUAUUGCUGGUAUUAUAGGUUUUGGAACAACUGCUUUGGUUGGAAAAGAAGGUACUGAUAUAACACUGGCUAUUAUAAGAGCAAGAUCAUCAUUUGGUACUGUAAUGGUUGACUGGAAAAUACAUGGAUUGAAUGGAGUAGACCCAGAUAAAGGAUUCUCACACGUCAAUGGAACACUUGUAUUUUUACCCGGAGAUACAUCUAAGGAUGUAACACUGAGUAUUUUAGAUGAUAACACACCAGAGGUGAAUGAAGAGUACCAAGUGCUUCUUUCAAAUAUUAGAACUGUUGGUGUUGGACCCACAGGAGCAGCCAUCAUAGAUUCACAAUUAAAGAUGGCCACCAUAACUAUCAACAGUAGUAACUAUCCCCAUGGGUUAUUGCAGUUUAGUCAGACAUCUUUACAGAUUGUAAAAGAGGAACAAGAUGUCAUGAUCAAUUUACAGAUAGAAAGAAAAUUUGGAAAUAUAGGUGGUAUAAGAGUAUCAUAUGAAAUAAAAGAGGGUUCUGUGACUCCCCUGUCAGAGGAUCUCCUGAAGGCUACUGCUGGGGAUGAUUUUGAAGCCUUACAGGGGUAUGUUGAUAUUGGUAAUGGAAUCUCAUAUGCUACAAUCAGAGUUAGAGUUAAAGAAGACAGUAUACCAGAGCUGGAUGAAGUUUUUAUAGUAGUACUGACUGGUGUUAUCUUACUGAAUAACUCACAAGUGUCCAACAUGCCUCCUCAGCUAGGUACAAAGGACACUACCUCUGAGAUAAUUAUAUCAGCCAAUGAUGGAACGAAAGGAAUCAUAAUGUUUGGAUCAGAUUCCCACAGUGUUGCAGUAGAUGAAAUUACAAAGAAUAUUACACUAACUAUAAUUAGAGAUCAAGGAACAUUUGGAGAAGUGACAGUGUUUUGUUAUGCCCAGGGUAUUACUGAUGGGACUACGCAAGGACAAGACUUUCGUUUUGAUCCUAAGGAAGUGACUUUCAAGAAAGGAGAUAAUAGGAAGUAUAUUAUGAUAGAGAUAAACAAUGAUGAUAUACCAGAACCAGAUGAGAUGUUUGAAGUCAUAUUGGCUAACCCUAGAAAUGGUGCUAUACUGGGAUCUCCUAGUAGAGCCAAUGUGACUAUCUUAGCCAAUGAUGAUGCUAGUGGAUCGUUUAGUUUUGAGACAGACACAGCAGUGACUGUUGAAGAGACAAAUGGUGACGUGAAGGGUUUAGCCAUGUUAAAGAUAGUCAGAGGACCAGGGAUUUAUGGUGUGGUCAAUGUUCCCUACCAGGUUAUACCAGAACAAGUAUCUAAUGUGAAUGAUCUGUCACCUAUGCAGAGUAUCAUUGUAUUCCAAGAUAAACAGGAUUCAGCUAUUUUAGAAUUAGAGGCAGUGGAUGACAGUGACCCAGAACAGAUAGAAAGAUUUACCGUCAGGUUAUCACAACCAAGUAAUGGGGGCUUGCUGGGACAGCAUACAGAUAAAGUUGUUAUUAUAAACCCUAAUGAUUCACCUAAUGGUCUUAUGCAAAUUUAUGCCAGGGGAACAAGCAACAAGACAAUUACUGUAGAUGAAAAUGUUGGUUUGAUAUUCUUUGACAUACAGAGAUCUCAGGGAACAGAUGGAAGGAUAUCUGUUGACAUGGCAACACAGCCUGGAACAGCCAUUACUGACACUGACCGCUCCUUGGUGACCUUGUCUCGCUUACAGUCAAUACCAUCUAUACAGGUGGUCAACUGGUACAGUUACACAUACAAUGGUAUGGUGUAUAUUGUCAUGCUGACAAAUUUCCGAGUGGGAGAAUUGACGUCUGCGAUCGGUAGUGAUGGAUCUGCAGGAACUAUAAAUGUGGACAGAUUGUUUCAUUCUACUCUGUUUAAAUGGCAGGGAGAGAUGAUCCCAUUGCAGACAAUAGAAACAGAUAUUGCCUCUGCAGCUGUUUCCUUCAGUAUUGGUAGCAGCACCUACCUUGCCAUCAGUAACACAGGAAAUGUACGAAGGUACCAGAGCAAGUCAAGAAUUUACAAAGUCAACACAAAUGGAACCUUACUAGUAAUUCAAGAUUUAUCAACAUCAGGAGCAAGAGAUGUUAAAUCCUUCACAUCAGGAACAGAUAACUUUCUGGUAUUCGCUAACUCUAAGGAUAACAAUGGUAACACACUGGUUUCUGUAGACAUUUACAAAUGGGACCAGUCUAUAGGAAUGUUCACCUUUGCAGCAUGGCAAUCUCUAGAUAAUCAGGGUGCAGAAGCAGUAGCUGUUUUUGAAAUGGAGGGUGUUGUAUAUAUGGCAGUGGCUAAUAAUUAUAAUUCUGUUCAAACUACAUAUAUUGUUGACUCAGUCAUAUAUAAAUUAAAUGCUGAUAAGAAAUUUUCUGAACAUCAGAGAAUUAGGACUGAGGGAGCUGUAGAUGUCACACAUCUACUAAUACAGUCCCUGAAUAUAUUGGUAUUUGCUAACAAUAGAGGGGACUCUGUCAACAGUCCCCAGAAAUCGUGGGUCUAUAGAUGGGACUCGACAACACAGAUGUUUUUUAAGCAUAGUGACUUAGACACAUAUCGUGUAGAAGCAACAUCAGCUUUUAUUGGCUCAGAUGACACAGCCUAUUUGGUAGUUUCAAACAGCAUAGGAAAUUCUGAGAUAUUGUCAUGGGACAUACAUGAUAAAAAAUUUAUAUCAGUAUGGACUGGCCCUCCUGCUACCACAAUGUUUCCUAUCCUUAUACCACAGGCAACUGGUGCCCUGGCUGUUGUGACUGUAGGUGGUUUAGCAUCUACAGAAAAUACCACCGUAUAUCAAUUUGUUAAAAUAAAAGACAGUGACUUCUCUCCAAGAACAAUCACAAUGACCUUUGAACCUGGUCAGAAGACCUUACAUACAUCUGUUGCCAUAAUACAAGAUGACCAGCCAGAGGAAACAGAGACCUUCUAUGUAACCCUUAGCAAUCCUACAGGUGGUGCUGAGAUUGGUCCACACAAUAUGAUUACAGUCAAUAUAUUGUCCAAUGACAAUGCUAAUGGAAUUAUAGAAUUUCCUCUAGAAUCAUUGGAGAAAUUAGUUACAGAGGAGGAUGACAAAGACAAUACUGUUGAAAUCCAGGUAGUGAGAAAACAUGGCUUCUUUGGUAGAGUAGUGGUCAGAUGGUCUAUAACAGGAGACCAGAAUGGUUUGUCAGAUCUAACACCUCUAGAGGGAACAAUUGAGUUUCCUAAUGGUUAUUCAGUUGCCCAAAUAAGAAUUACUAUUCUGAAUGACAACCUUGCAGAAUUACCAGAGAUAAGUUAUAUACGUCUUACUGAGAUCGUAGAAUCUGGUUCAACAGAUCCUUCAAACGGAGCUGUUAUUGGAAAAAACAAUGUAGCCAAGAUAAUCGUACAAGCUAAUGAUUCACCUUAUGGUGUAGUUCUGUGGGAAAGAGAGUCAGUUAUCUUACCAGAACCUGAUGGUACUGACCUGACACAGGAAGUAUACAUCACAAGGCAGCAAGGCAUGAUGGGUCAACUUCAAGUUUCAUUCCAGACAGGCAUAGCAACUGGAUACCCUGUUGACAGAAGAGCAGUAUCAGGUGAAGACUAUGUAGCCAGUAUGAAUGCUGUAAUCAUGCAAGAGAAUGUUACCAGGGUCCCUGUAAAGUUAGUAAUUAAACAGGAUGACAUUCCUGAGGCAGAUGAAUCAUUUAUUGUGAACAUCACUGGUGUAACAGUAAUGGGGUUGACCCCUCCAGCAGGAGCUGAACCUAGUGUCAAGGUCCCUGGGAAUAUUAUAACUAUUACUAUAACAGAGAAUGACAAUGCAAGAGGAUCUGUAGAAUUUGAUGUUACAACUAAUAUUGAAGGAAGAAUUGACACUUAUGAAGAAUAUGGUAAAAACAGUACUAUAUCACUGAAAGUCAAGAGGACUAUUGGUCUGCUGGGAACUGUGACUGUGUCGUGGGAAGCUGAAACCAAAGAGGCUUCAUUUUCUGACUUCCAGCCACCUAGUGGUAGUUUAACUCUAAUGGAUGGAGAAGAAUCAGGGCAGAUAACUAUUACAAUACUUGAUGACACCAUAGCAGAAGAGAUGGAGACUUUUGAUAUCAAACUUUUGACAGUGACAGGAGGAUCUGCCUUAGGUCCAAACACCAGAGUGAGGAUAGCCAUUCUGAAAAAUGAUUCUCCCAAUGGAUUGUUCAGAUUUGUUCAGAAUCAGGUUUCUGUGAAGGAGUCUACCAGUGUGAAUGAUCCUAAUGGAGAAGUAACCUUAGAUAUAGAAAGAAUACAAGGGAUGGAAGGUGUAGUUAAUGUACAAUGGAGACUCAAUGCUGAAGCUGUUAAUGAUUUCAUGGAACCUAUAUUUGGAACUGUUGUUUUUGCACAGGGAGAUGUUAAGGAAAGUAUUACUUUGAAGACUAAGAUAGACAAUAUACUAGAAGGUGAGGAGAAAUUCAGAGUCUCCCUGAUAUCAGCUGAUAAUAAUGCUGAUAUCUCCCACAUCAGAGGGGAUGCUUCAGUUGUCCUUCUUCCUGACCUUGGAUCAGCUGGUACAGUCAGAAUAUUACCUGACUAUAACACUGUCUAUAUUGGGGAACCAGGAGAGUCCAGUUCGACAUACAAUGGCCAAGUAGAAAUUGUUCUGACAAGAGGAGCUGGUAUCUAUGGCAACAUAGCUGUGACAUGGGUGUUAACACCAAGAGAUUUAGAUGCUUUCAUGCAAGUAGAGGGAACUGUUCAGUUUGUGGACCUUCAGCAAACCGCUAAGAUUACUUUACAGACAAAAGAUGACACCCUUGCAGAAAUAAGGAGGAUCUAUACAUUACAGAUUAAUUCUGCUACAGGUGGAGCCACUAUAUCUAGUCAGCAAGGAACAUUUAAAUCUGAAAUUAUAUAUGUUGCUAGUGACUACCCACAUGGACUGUUUGAAUUCACAUUACCUGAAAUUACCAGUGUUACAGAGGAUACAGCAAAAGUCAGUAUCCCUAUACUACGUCUAUAUGGUAGGAUAAACAGAGUAAUGUUGACGUACACAACCACACCUGGAACAGCUGAGGUCAAUAAAGAUUUCUAUGGAACAUCAGGGACAUUGACCUUUGAACAUGAACAGAAACAAAAGAAUGUGGAAAUCACCAUACAACAAGAUGAUAUACCAGAAGGUCCAGAGAUGUUUUAUCUUAAUCUGAUGUCUGCUAGACUAAAUGUACCAAGUAACAAUAACUAUACUAUUGUAAAUGGACUACAAUUAGACAUGGCCCCAGCUAUUGGAUCCCUCAAUGUAAAGACCAUACUUAUAGAGAAGAAUGAUAAUGCUGAGGGAACCGUGGAGUUUAAAGCAGACAAGUUUACUGUGUUGGAAGAGUCAGGUGUUGCUAAGAUACCUGUUGUCAGAAAGGGAGGUAAUUAUGGUGGAUUGACAGUGAGAUUUACUGUUACUGAAAUAAAUGCUACAGCUGGUGUGGACUAUGUGAUGGCUGACACUGACUUCAUUAUUCAGGAUGGUGAAAAUGAGGCCACCAUAGAUAUUGUUCUGAAAGAUGAUUCUGAAAUGGAGUAUGCUGAACAGUUCACUAUUACCAUUAAUAGUAUUAUAGGUGGUGCCAAGCUUGGUGCUAUUUCUACAACAACAGUUACCAUAGCCAAAUCAGAUUAUCCAAAUGGAAUGUUUGGAUUCAAAGGUCCUCUGAAAACUGUCAUGGUGAAUCCAUCUAGACAAGUACAAACGACCUUGACCAUUGAAAGGUCGGGAGGUGUAAAAGGUCAACAAACAGUUACUUGGAGACUGAUGGGACCAAAUAAUCCACAGAGAGUACUGCUGGAAACCAAUGAUAUCUUCUACAUCAGCAACAACCAAGAAAGCACUAGUGGUAAUCUAGUGUGGUCUGAUGGAGAAUCAGCAGCAAAAACCAUUACCCUGAAUAUUAAACCUUACUCCAGUUGGGAAAUACAAGAAAUAUUUAUUGUAGAGAUUGUCACAAUUACUGGUUACCCCAAAUUAAGUGGUGAUGGAGAGAUAGGACCAAAUACUGGCAAGGCUUCAGUCACUAUUGAGAAGAAUGGAGACCCUAGUGGUGUAAUACAGUUUAAUAGUGUGGCUUUGACAGAAAGGACAGUAGAUGAACCAACAGGAAUAAAUCCUUUUCAGUUACAGUUCCCAAUCAAACGUGAAGAAUCCACAGGAGUAGUUGGAACUAUACAGGUGUUUUGGGAAAUAACUGGACCAUUUGAUAGCACUGCAGAUUUCCAACCCAGGAAUGGUUCUGUUUAUAUUGGUAAUUUACAGAGAGAUGCCAGCUUUAACAUUCAGAUAUUACCAGAUAUGCUUCCAGAACUGACAGAAACUUUUAAGGUUAUCCUAACCUCAGUGGAAGGUGGUGCUGAGAUAGAUACUAGUAAUAAUGAAGCUGUAUUUCACAUUAGAUACAACGACCACCCUCAUGGAUUAUUUGGACUAAUCCAGUCACAACAAGUGAUAAAUGUAGACCCAUCAGAUUUAGUAAGAUCUGUACUACUGAAUUUCACUAGACACGAAGGAACAUUCGGUAAAGUUGUGCUGACAUUCACCUUAAAAUAUGAUAUUCCACAGUCUGGUAUUGUUCUUUCAAAAACUACUGGCAGAGUGCAGUUCAAUGAAGGUCAGACAAGUGUAAGGGUUACCACAGCAAUAGAAGGAAAUGGAUUUCUGGCUGUUGGUACAACAUUUACAGCUACCCUUAAAGCAGUAGAUUAUUUUGACGCUGGAGUAACAGAACCACCAGCAUUAAAGCCACUAGAAACAGAAGCCAAGAUAACAGUGCCAUCAGAAGCAGCUAAUAGUGUGAUAGGGUUCAGAGAUUUAUUGGCCGGUAUAAAUGAAGAAACCAACACUGCCACAAUGACCCUUCACAGAACUGGGACAUAUGGACCUGUAAACAUUCCUUGGCAAAUAGGAUAUCGUUCUGGCCAGGAUCCAGGGAAUGGUGUUUUAGGAAGCAUAACUCCUCAGAUAGGAACUGUCACUAUACCUCAUGGUGUGGACACCAAAGAUUUCAGUGUUACGGUGACAGCUUUACCAGGUAGAGUGGAGUAUUUUGUGAUACAUUUACCUCACACCCCAUCUACCACAGUAUCAGGAGGAACCAAACUUGACCCUACCAAAACCACUGUACAGAUAGAACCUUAUGGUGUAAUCAGAUUUGCUGAUAAUUCUACCAGUCCUGUAGUUUCUGAACUGACAGAAAAGGCAUAUUUAUUGGUACAAAGAAUCUAUGGUUCCCAAGGUAAAAUAGAGGUAACCUACAGGUCUCAAGGUGUUAGUGCUGACAGGGGUCUAGAUUACAUUACAACAGAGACCAAUGCUGUCAUCAUGGAACCAGGAGAAAUAUCAGCUCUCAUAAUGAUUCAGGUUUUACAAGAUAACCAUCCAGAGGAGGAAGAAAGUUUUCACAUUAACCUGACAUAUGUGGAAAAAUAUCCUACAGAACUAGUUCCAAAAAUAUCUCCUCGACUAAGUAUACUACAUGCCACAUCAUUAGUGAGGAUAGAAGAAAGCAAUGACCCCUAUGGUAUACUGAGUAUAGAACCACUCACUAUAUCUGUAGAGGAGAAGUAUACACAGAUCCCUCUCAAUAUUCACAGAACAGGUGGUGUCUUUGGAACAAUUAGUGUAGUGGUGAGAUCUGUUGGUGGAGGAGAGGCAUGGACUUCACAGAUAGUAGCUCAAUCCUCUGACAUAAACGAUACCAUAACACAAGCCCUUGGCAAUAGGAAUAUUAACAACAUAGCAACAGGUGGUCAGGAUUAUGAAAUCCUUGAAUCCAAGGUCACCUUCCAACAAGGGGAAGUCAGUAAAUCUGUUUCAGUGACAAUACUAGCAGACAAUACUGCAGAGCCUGAUGAAACCAUGAUUAUCUAUCUGACACAGCCAACAGGUGGUGCUAGAAUAGCCUUGGGAUCACCUGAUGGUGGCAAGAAGGGUUUUUCUAUAAUAACCAUACUUCAGAAUGACUUGUCCAAUGGAAUAAUUGGAUUUUCUGAAAGCUCGAAAUCUGUAACAGUGAAUGAAGAUACAUCGCCUACAUUUAGUCUCCAACUAUCAAGAAUAAAUGCCUACUUUGGAGAAGUUGAGGUAUCAUGGAAAGCAAAAGCAUCUCUUACCAGUACAGAGACUGAGGAUACUGUGUUAGGGAACCAGUUGAUGAAGACAGCAGGGACAGCUGUAUGCCCAGCACAGGAAUCAUCAUGUACAUUUGAAGUAUCAUUGAAGGAUGACCAGGAACCAGAAGAGGAGAUGAAGUUUAUCAUACAACUGACUAGUGCUGGCAAAGAUGCUGAACUGGAUUAUAAAAGUAUUACAGCUAACAUAACAGUCCUUAGUAGUGACUAUGUCCGAGGUUUACUACAGUUCACUGAGGACUCCAGAUUUAAAGUAAUACAUAAAAAUGAGGCAACAGUGACAUUAAAUGUAGAGAGGGUUAAAGGUCGUAACUAUGACAUAGAUGUCAGUUAUCAAACAGAGCAAGUUACAAGUCAGAUAACACUACAACAGAUAGAUGUAUACCCUGCACUGGAGAACUAUGCCUUCAACUUAAAGACUGGAGUCUUAUUAUUUCAGAAAAACACACAGGAAAUCAAACAUGUAGAUGUAACUUUAACACCACAGAAAGCCAUGGACGGAAAUCCUUACCCCAAACUCUUUAAAGUUUUAUUGAAAAAUCCUAACAAUGGAGCAAGUGUCCAUCCUGACGUAUCAUUCUCUAAAGCUAGCAUUCUAAUUGUUGAGGAAUCUAAUAUAGAGAUCUGGAAGUCUGUUAUCAACCAAGGAUCAGUAAAGAAUAACACAGAUAUACUUAAAACUUUAGUGAAACUAGAUCUAAUAGUGAAGGAUAAUCUUGAUAAAACAGAACUUACAUUGGUGGAAAAUAUUCUGGAAAAUAUUUUGGAUGAGGGACAAACAAGAGAAUUGCCUGAAGAGAUCUUAAAUGAAUUACUAAAUAUUUUAUGUGGAAUGUUGAAACCUAGCAGAAGAGAUGCUACUAAAGGGAGAUCAUCACUUGGAUUGUUAAUGGAAAAGUUAGCAUAUACUAAACUGACUGGAAAAUCUUGUUCUAGUCCAGAAUAUCCUACUAUGUCAACUCUGCAGUAUUGUUUGCAUGCAAAAAUCUCAGCAGCAAGAUGGCCAAUGCAGAAAAUACUGAACUUUAAGUACCCAGCACAGCAAGAUGAUUCCUUUACCGUACCAGACGAAAUAGAUGAUCCUCCAGCAAAUCAAGUAGACAGUUGUGUAGAUUUCCAUAUGAUAGAGUAUAGCAGUGAGUUAUGGUUUAUGACGAGUGAUCAGCCACAGUUACUCAGCAAUAAGAUAAUUAAUUUUGGUAUAAAAGGCAGACCAUCUGCAUACACUAACAAGCCAGCAGUAUAUCAGAUACAUACACUAGAUAAUAGGAUUGCUGCAAACCAGGCACAAUGUGUAUUUUAUGACUAUGGAAGUAAAGAUUGGGUCAAUCCAUCAGGAUGGUGUCAAGUGACCAAUGACCUUUCAACGGGCCAGGAUGAUUUUGUUGAUUGUUCAUGUAAACAUCUGUCUCACUAUGCUGUCAAGGCAACAGCCUUAGAUGCUGGAAUUGUGGGAUAUUCAUCCUGGUUUUUUGUUGCAUGUUUCUUUUGUAUGGUGAGCAUGGCAUUGGCUAUAUUAGUUCAUCACAUAUGUUCUAUGUUACAUGCAAUGUUCUCUGCCAACUUACUCAUGCAUAUGUGUUUUGCUUGUUUUGCAACACAGCUGUGUUACAUAGUAUCAGCCUAUGGUAGUCCUGAUGAGAUACUGAUAUAUAACAAGAUAGAGAGUAAUUAUAGAUGCAUUGUCAUGGGAUUGUUUCUUCAUUAUUUCUUUCUGACACAGUUUACAUGGAUAUUAGCUCAGGCAAUGAAUUACUGGAAGAUCUUAGUAAUGAAUGAUGAACAUACAGACAGAAAAUAUGUUUUCUUCUUCCUCAUAGGCUGGGGAAGCCCUGCUGUUAUUCUAGCCAUAUUUUAUACAGUCACAUAUAACCUAUAUAAAUAUGUGUAUGAUCUACCUGUGGAUCAUAUCUAUGGUGACGUUAACAAUAAUGGACAAAUAUGUUUUAUUGUGAAUGCCUAUGCUGGUUUAGGAGGUAUAAUAGUACCUGUUCUUCUCAUGUUGAUCAUGGUGGGUAUAAUAUUUAUGAAGGCAUUCCAGGUGACACCACAAUGGCAGGCUUAUGAUGACAUUUAUAGAGGCAGAUAUAAUAUCAAUGAGAUUCGUACAUUAAUGUCAUUCUGGGGAGUGAUAACAUUGACAUGGUUCUGGGGAGGAUUACAUCUGGCUUAUGGACAGCUAUGGAUGCUUAUUCUCUUCUGUAUCUUCAACAUCAUACAGGGUGUAAUGGCUCUAGUUUUGUACACCAUUCUCCGUAAUCCUUGGAUACAGAAAUGUUUUGGACCACAAAAAUCUGCAUUUCCAGUUACCUCUGGUGGAGAUGGAUUGUCUAUACCAUCCCAUCAUACAAACAACAUUCUAGACAUUGGCAGUCUGAAGGGAUCCAGAGCUUCUGUACUUAAUGAGAGCUGGGAAAAAGAUUCCAUAAACACAAAGAGCACCAUGAAGGUCAAACGUACUCUUCCAUUCAACCGUAACAUCUACGUCACACCACCUGUUCUAAUUCCAUCAAUAACAGAUGAUAACCAGGAUGAAGAUUUAGAUGAACUGUUGUUUGCACUAAAAAAUGAUAGUUUUAUUCCCAGUGAAACAUCCAGCAUUGCUUCAGGGAAGACUUCAGACAUUUCAAGCAAAGUUGACAAAUAUGAAUUGAGGAGGAUUUCUAUAGCUGAUACACAUUUAUAGUUUAUAAUUAUUAAUAUAUUAUUUUACAAAUAAUUAUCACCAGUUGUUGUAACGAUCAAUUUUUUUCCAGAGAUAUAUGUUGAGUCCAAUUGGGUUACUAUCAAUUUUCAGUCAAAAUUGAAUAGAUUUAUAAUCUGCUAUUAUCAGUAAUGCAUGAAGUAACAAAUAUAGGUGUUGCAAGUUAUGGAAACUUUUUUACCAAAAAUCUGACAUUUAAAGAUGAUUUGUUAACAUGGCAAGAACGCUUAAUUGUAUAAUUCAUUUGUGCCAUUAUGUUCAUAGUACAUAAGCUGUAAGCAAUACUUCAUUUAUAUUUUUAUUCAUUGGUUAAUUUAAUAUUUAUGAAAUCUAGUCAUGUUUUUCUGUGAUAUUUUUUUUUUUUUGUCAUUGUUUUUUAUGGUAAUCAUAUUAUUUUUUUUAUGUCAGUCAUAUAUUUUUUAACUUAUCCAUGCAAUCAAAAUCUGUGCAAUCACAUCAUGUUAUAUAGUUAAAUGUUUAAGCAAAUAAAUGUUUUUAUACCUUA